AUGAGCACUCUCGCCAAUCUGGCGCCGCGUCGUCGUGGUAAGGGCAACAAGAAGGAAGAGAGAAAGGAGACUCAAACUCCCGUCACUCCUUCGCUGCCUGAGAAUCGAAGCGGUCCCGCCCAUCCCUUCAGUUACCCUGAUCCAGGCGGCAACACUGAUCAAAUUGUCGACCGCUUGGCCAACGACUUGCUGGAGAGCACCAUCUAUCAUCAUCCCAACGGUUUGCGCAGUCAUCCAUCUGUUCUUCUUUGUGGAACUGAGCCGAUGGCCAUCGCACCUAUGAUCUCUCCUGAUGUGCAACCCAAAGCGCCCUCGACGUACCGGAUUGUUAAUCUUCCAUCGGAGGACUUUUCUGUUCAUUGCCAGUCUGGCACCCAAGUUGCGGGGACCGACGAGGUUGCUCCGGCUAUCCCUGCAAAGUCCUUGCGACGUCAAUGUGGCAAGCAGGAGAAGAGCGUCGAUGGCUUCGUCGACCCCGAGAAUCGUCCUGCGAUGCUUAACUUCCCGCAUUCCAAGACCACGAUGCUUAACCCCGGCAACAGACAUCCUCUGUGCCUCCCUCCCUCUACAACGGUUCCACUCUCCUACGGCGGAUGCAAUGACGGGGAGGAUUUCUCACGGACUGCUGUCGCCGAGGCUCUUGCCGCCCGGGCCGCCGCUGAACAGGCUGCUCGCAUCCAGGCAAUCAGCGGCCAGGCUUCCGUCCGAAAGGAUCUUGACACCGAGGAUGUUCCCGUUCAGGUUCUUGGUCCAGAGAACGGUCCUAGAUCAGGCUUGAUCGACCCCGAAUUUGUCGAUAUCAAGACCGGGGCAAUGCUGGCUGCAACUCAAACCCUGAAGCCCCCUGGUUCGGAGAAACCCAAACUUCCUCCAUCAAAGACUUCCUUGCUUCGUCGACACAAGGUUGUCUCCAAGGUUCGCCACGUGUUCGAAUCCAUCCUGCCUAAGCCUGCAACGCCAGAAUCGAAGAUCAGGGGCAAGAUCUCAGCGCCCAUCGGUUUGACCACGUGCGAUCUGCCCAACCCUGCGGCGUACUAUCACCUCGAGGAAGUCGAACUCGAAGAGACAUCUAUCGUCAGCUCAAUCGAGCUUCGUCUCAAUGAAGGCAACAACCUGCAUAGCCACAAGGUUCAGAGCAUCGUCGGAGAUCGCAUCGUUCGUAAGGCCGUGGCUGAUGAUGAAAGCUCGGUUGGCGGCAGCGAUUCACCAGAAGAUCCCUUCUCGGGAGAGUUUGAAGUCGCAAAUCGUCCCCCCACUCCUUUUGAGCAUCGCCUCAAGAGUAGCCUUGACUCCACUGGUAUCCCUCCGGUUCCUUCUUUGAACCCUUUCGAUACUGAGAAGGACUUCGAUGCCGACCUUGAAGGAAUCUUGUCUGAGAAGCCCGUCUGUGCUUCAACCCCGCGUCGACCCGACCGGAAGGCAGCCUCCGGAGAGAGCCCCUCUAAGCGGUAUGCAAAGGCUGACGACCGCCAUCUUGCGUCCAUCAACGACACUGAGGGAGGCCCUAGUGCUCCCAGCCCGACUCCAAAAAAGUUGAGGCUGUCGGGCGGCUGGAGACUCUUCCGCGAUCAGCCUGAGCCCAGCACCAAAAAACACCCAUCGCCCAGCAAGCAGGAUCUUGAAGUCCUCGAAGAUCGACUCCGCGACAUGGUCAUCGAGAAAAUGGAGCAGGAGCCUGAACAGCGGCCAGAAUUGGAGGCCAAGUGGGAAGGCGUCCUCGCACCGGCUGCUCUGGGCCCCAAGGAUGCGAAUGCUGCGUUGAUGUUGAGUGAGGGCAAGCAGCCUGUCGCAAAGCCUACUGUCGUUAUCGGAGAGGCUAGCGCUGUCUCACUGCGUCGAUACAAUCGCGAAGAGUUCACCCGUAUCACGACGGCUGGUUCCCGGAUCCCUCGUCCUUCUCCUCGGUACACCCCCUACACUCGACCUUCGAACUUCGAUGCGCUGGAUAUUGACGAGUUGCAGUAG